AAGCACCAUUGUUUGAAGAAAAUAACGAGUAUUUUAACAAAAAAAUCGGAUUCUUGUUAGCACUUAGAAAAAUUUUGGUGAACAAUUCGUUCUCUGCUGUGUUGUAUAUAUCAAGAAAUUCGACGAAGGAGUAAUAGCUUGGGGCGUGUAAAAAGACCAUGUCACUAAGUGAGCGCAGAGACGAACUAGGAAAGAUGUCCACUUUUCUGAUUAUACUUCUUCUUGGACCGUUUUAUACUUCAGCUGUGGAUAUUGGAUGGGUAGAAAGCACAAUGACUGUUAAUGAGGAUAAAUUUCUUGUAUCUGCGAGAAUCUCAAGAUCGAAUUCUUCAGGACAAAACACCGUAGCAGUUUCUACUAAAGACAUCACAGCUGAAGAAGGAAAAGAUUAUGGAACAACCGUCGAAAACGUCGUCUUUAGAGAUGGUGACAGUGAAAAGUCAUUUACUUUCGUCAUCUUCGAUGACGAUGAUGUUGAAGAAACUGAAACUUUUCAACUGAUUCUUAGUUCAACUGAUGCAACAAUAAUUUCAUCUACUAUUAAUAUCACAAUUAAUAUGGACGAUAAAGCCAAGUUCAGUAUCGAACCGAAAGGGUCGAUCACCGAGGGACAAGUGUAUGAGGCCGUUAUUAUCAGAGAGCAGUGCGAAGGUUGUGACGCAACAAUAGAAUUGAAGUGUACUGCAACCGGUGACACGGCUACUUCUGGUACAGACUUUACAGUGGUAACCAAUGAAGUGGUCACAUUUACGAAGUAUAACAGCACCAUGAAAUGCAAGGUACCUACCAUCAACGACAGUCUCGUGGAAGGAGAGGAAAAGUUCAAGAUAAGUAUUUCAUCCAGUAGCCCGAUCGCCGAAAUAGGACUACCAGAGCACACAGCCACUAUCGAGGACGACGAUAGAGGUAACGUCAAAAAAGGACGGGAAAGUUGUUUUAGGUGAGACCGUAUGGGGCCUAAUAAACGACCAGUCCCAAUCACGAUCACGACCGCAAUCGCGAUCAAUACCACGAUAGCAACCAAGAUUAGGACCACAAUCACGAUCAAUACCUCGCCGCAAUCACGAUCAAGACCACGACCGCAAUCACGAUCAAUAUCACGACAGCAAUCACGAUCACGACUGCAAUUACGAUCAAUAUCACGACCGCAAUCACGAUCACGACCGCAUUCACGAUCAAUACCUCGACCGCAAUCACGAUCAAUAUCACGACCGCAAUCGCGAUCAAUACCACGACCGCAAUCACGAUCAAUACCACGACCGCAAUCACGAUCAAUAUCAAGACCGCAAUCGCGAUCAAUAUCACGACCGCAAUCGCGAUCUAUAUCACGACCGCAAUAUCACGACCAAAAUAUCACGAUCAAUACCACGACCGCAAUAUCACAAUCACGACUGCAAUCGCGAUCACGACCGCAAUCACGAUCAAUAUCACAACCACAGUGAGCAUAGCCAUGUCAGAGAUCAUGACCGCAAUGAUCACAACCGCAAUUACGAUUAUCAUGACCGCAAUCACGGCCGCAAUAUUACAACCGCAAUCACGAUCACGACCACAAUGAGCACAUAACCAUGACUGAAAUAAUGACAGCAAUAAUCACGCGCGCAAUCACGAUUAUCAUGACCGCAAUCACGGCCGCAAUAAUCACGACUGCAAUCAAGAUCAUGACCACAAUGAGCAUAUAACCAUGACUGAAAUCAUGACCGCAAUUAUCACGCCCGCAAUCACGAUUAUCAUAACCGCAAUCACGGCCGCAAUAAUCACGACCGCAAUCACGAUCAUGACCACAAUGAGCAUAUAACCAUGACUGAAAUCAUGAUCGCAAUUAUCACGCCCGCAAUCACGAUUAUGAUGACACCUAUCACGCUCGCAAUUACGAUCGCGAACUUCUUUACAAAAAGACUUUCUCUUAUAGUUAUUACAGAGUUCGUGGGACCUGCCACCCGUACUGUCACAGAAGAUGUUGGGAAGGUUACUCUAACUGUAAAACAGAC